UCAUCUCAUCUCUAUAUAAAUUCAUCAAUCCACCACCACCAUUUCAUACCAUUGCCAUAGUAUAAAUCUCACCAAAUUUUGCUGAGACUAAUUAGUAAAAUAGAGGCAAAAAAUGGAAUCUAAAGAGUCCAUCUUUGUGAAGCUUUUGCUGAUUCUGCAUUUGUCCGUUCUCUGUGUUUCACAGGAUUUUGAUUUCUACUACUUUGUUCAGCAGUGGCCAGGAUCAUAUUGUGACACGACACAGAACAGCUGUUGCUACCCUACAACUGGAAAACCCGCUGCAGAUUUUGGCAUUCAUGGGCUUUGGCCUAAUUACAAAGAUGGUUCAUACCCAUCUAACUGUGAUUCAAACAAUCGUUUUCAGCCAUCUCAGAUAUCAGACCUCACAAGUAGCUUGCAGAGGAACUGGCCCACACUAGCAUGCCCAAGUGGGAAUGGGGUUCAAUUCUGGACCCACGAAUGGGAGAAACACGGCACUUGCUCUCAGUCAGUCCUUAAACAACAUGACUAUUUUGAAACAGCUCUCGAUCUCAAGCAGAGAGCCAACCUCCUCCAAGCUCUUACAAAUGCUGGAAUACAACCAGAUGGAGGGUUUUACAGCCUAAGCAGCAUCAAGGGAGCUAUAAAGAAUGCAAUUGGGUAUACUCCAUAUAUUGAGUGCAAUGUGGACACAUCACGUAACAACCAGCUUUACCAAGUUUACUUGUGUGUGGACACCUCGGGCUCUAACUUCAUUGAAUGCCCUGUGUUCCCUAGAGGGAAAUGUGGCUCCCAAGUUGAGUUCCCAACUUUCUAAUACUAGGAACCAAUAAAGGUGUCAAGUGCAUCUUACCCUUCAUGUUUGUUAAUUUGCAGUUAUUUGUGUUUGUAUUUGCAAUUAUAUUAUAGUCUUAUAGUUAUUCUCAUGAGCUAUAUAUACUUCAAUAGUCUCCAAUUGUAAGAGUAACUUGCAACUAUAAAUUUUAUAAUAUUUUAUAACACUAAAAA